GGCGCCUGCCCUCUGCCUCUACCACCACCGCUGCCUCUGCUGCCUCAAUACCAUACUCAUCAUUUAUUCUUUGCUCUUAUCGACGUAGAAUACUACUUUGAAGCGCAUCAGUGCUGCUUGAACCGCUGUCUUAGACAGCGUCCAGCGCCAAUGAACUCGACCCCUUCAACGUCUGUAGCACCGUCGGGCAGGCAGACCCGUCAGAAACGCGUCAAUCCCUCGCGUUCUGGAAAGGGUGGCCCUGGUAUAGGGAACUGCGAAGCCGACACUCUUAUAUUGGACACCCAGAAACGACAGCUCGAGAAUGAACCGUUGAUUCCUGCCAAUACUCUAUUUUUCAUGACGACUAAUCUGGAGCUGCUUCCUGAGAGCUCUUCCUCAUCUGACGGGCAGGUUAUGUUCAACACCCAUGCCAAUGAACGCUAUUUUGACCGUCCAGAGGUCAUGCAAAGCUACAGAUUGCAGCAAUCCAUCGAAACUCCUGAUUUUACCGAAUUGUCCCAGACCCAUGUCGGGGGACGGUUUAGGCCUAGGGGCUCCGACGACACCACACAUGACACUUCAGAUGCUUAUUACGAAAAGCGGCAUCGCAAGUACGAGACCAUGGAAAAACGCCAACGUCUUCGAGAGAAGGAGCAGCUCAAGUACGAGCAGUACAAACUCAAAGAGAGGAUUGAGCAACUUCGUGGGAUGGAUGCUAUGGGUUUUCUCACUCUUCCAGCUGAGACAUUCACUCCAAAGCCGCUGGAGGAAGAAAACGCUGAACUUCCCUCCAUUUCCGCCAGUGGAUUUCAUAUAAACAACCCUUCACUCUAUAAAGAGGGUGAGAGGCGUCGGAAGGAGAUGCUUGAUACCGCCACAACAUUAGAGGAGAGGUAUCGCGUAUUGUUACCCCCAGACAAGAAGAAUCAUCCCAAGAAGCAUAACAAAGAGAGCCAGAAAAAAGUACCUCGCCAAGGCAUCGAGAUAAGAGUGUCGGAAGAGGUUCAGUCCGAGUGGGAGGAGAACGAGGUAGAAGAAGGGGAGAAUCAGCGCGAGGCUGAAGAGGCCGAUAUGCCUUUGCAGGAAGAAGUCCUGCAUAAUGAGAAACCUGUGCCUCUCACAAUCAAAGUACCUCCCAGGGUUUCUUCCACCGUGCCAACACCGGCGCCAACACCCCCGGCCAUAUCUGUGCCAUUUACGAAGACGGCAAUGGAAGCGAAGUCUGUGUUUCCAACAAACCCGCCGCCGCCAACUAAUGCUGUCGUGCCGGUCAAGGCCGCUCCGCCACUGCCCAAGAAACGAAGAAAAGCGGAUCCUACUCCAUCAAUUCUCAUAGAAAGCCCUCCUCCUUUCCGUCCGACAUGGUCUGGAACUCGCCUUUCACCCUUCCUCUCAUGUCCGCCCUCUCCAGCAGUCAUUCUAUCUUCAGGACCUACCGCCGGGUCGAGUUCCCUUAGCCCUGUUUCCGUUAUUGGGCCUGAUGAGACCCCCGGUUCCCCAGUCAGCCCCCUCUUUGAUGAGUUGACAAGCGCCACACCCACUCUGUCUAAUCCCGAAAUUGCGACUCUUGACAUAAGUAUCAAGUCUGUGUCGUCCUCUACCUCAGAGAUAGAUUAUCUCGUUGAAAAACCCGCGGAAGAACCAGAUUUUCAUGUUACCACAGACACAGGAAGGUCUCCUCGUAAGCGGGGCCGAUACUCCUACACCUACUCUGCCACGCAACUGGUCAAGGAGUCAGUCUCUGCGCCGCUUCCACGCUCUGCGGCGCGCGUAACCGAAGUGACUGCUUCUGCAUCCCCUGCUGCUUCUCCCAUAUCCGCGCCGAAAGCCAAAGCGCCUGGUGUCUUGCUGUCUGCCGCUCUUAAGAGAAACCAAAACAACCCGCGCGGCUCCAUCAUCAGACAUUACGUGGCCUGGGGGGUCAAGCUUGGGCCUGAGCGUAAAGGUGAGGAGAAAGAGUAUGAGAUACCAAGGGAGAUACGCGAGGAGUCUCUGGUUGCGGCAGUCAUGGCAAAGAUUGAGGCGCAAUGCCCCGAUGUCGAUGAAGGUCCACCUGAAACUGUUGAGGGUUCCAACCGGCGCAGAACUCGUGUGUAGCGCAGAGCUUGAGUUAUUUGAUUCCAGAGAAACCAGGGGACUUCUUGCUUCCAUCGCUUGCUCCGCGACCGUCUUUUUCGUAUCGACGACACCGGCCUUACUUAUUAUCGAUAACUUGUAACUAAAUUUAUUUAAGUCGAGUAAUUUAUUCGUCAUAUUUCUACUGUCGAGGACCGUUUACUGGUCUAUUAUAGCGACUUCACGACU